UAAAUAUGACCAUACUUGGAUAGGGAGGAGUGAGCUGUCAUGUCCAAAAAGCACUGCAAUUUUGUUCCUUCAUAUAUCUUCUAAAAUUAGCCCUGGACGCAGACAAAGCCGUUUGUGAUAAGAAUUUAUCCACUCUCUUUAGCAUCUUAAAUCAUUUUUUCUUCUUCUUUCUUCAAUCAUUUAUGGCGACCAUCUGGCUGCGAAGAUCAAGAACCAUAGCCCAAACUCUAAAGCACAAAUAUGGUUUAAAAGGAAUCCUUGGCCUGGAGAGUAGCAAUUCCUUUCAACGUUUGCAUGCUUCUGCUCCUUCUUCAACAAAUCAUGAUCGGCACUUACUUGUUUCUGCAUACAAAUACUCAACCACCAUUGUCUCUGAUAAGCGUCUUAAAUCAACAGUUGCUCUGAAACAUCUGGAUUCCACGGCGUUUGCUAGUGACAGCGACGAUGAGCAGGCCUUGGAUUUCCCUGGUGGAAUGGUUUCAUAUACUUCUGAAAUGCGAUUCAUUUCCGAGUCUCAGGAAAAAAGAAUUCCCUGUUAUCGAGUUCUUGAUGACAAUGGAGAGAUUAUCAAUGGCAGUGAUCUUGAACUGGUGAGCAAGGAAGUUGCAGUAAAGAUGUACAAUGACAUGGUCACACUUCAAAUGAUGGACAACAUCUUCUAUGAAGCACAGAGGCAAGGAAGAAUUUCUUUUUAUCUUACCUCAAUGGGUGAAGAAGGUAUCAGCAUAGCCUCUGCAGCUGCACUUAGUACCGAGGAUUAUAUAUUGCCCCAGUACCGUGAGCCCGGAGUUCUGUUGUGGCGAGGUUUCACAAUACAAGAAUUUGCCAACCAACUGUUUGGAAACAAGGCUGAUUAUGGGAAAGGCCGGCAGAUGCCAAUUCAUUAUGGCUCUAACAAGCACAACUAUAUCACCAUAUCAUCGCCUAUCGCUACACAACUUCCUCAAGCUGUUGGUGUUGCUUACUCUCUUAAAAUGGAUAAAAAGGAUGCAUGUGUAGUCACAUAUACUGGAGAUGGCGGUACCAGUGAGGGAGAUUUUCAUGCAGCUUUGAACUUUGCAGCAGUUACGGACGCCCCUGUUGUUUUCAUCUGUCGCAACAAUGGCUGGGCCAUUAGUACCAAUGUAUCAGAACAAUUUCGAAGCGACGGUGUUGUGGUUAAGGGUCAAGCUUAUGGAGUCCGAAGCAUACGGGUAGAUGGAAAUGAUGCACUUGCUGUUUACAGCGCAAUUCACAGUGCUCGCAAAAUGGCUAUUAGUGAACAGAGACCUGUAUUGGUGGAGGCACUUACAUACAGAGUAGGACACCACUCUACAUCUGACGACUCCACCAAGUAUCGGCCAGUUGAUGAAAUUGAAUAUUGGAAAUCGGCAAGGAAUCCUGUAAAUAGAUUUAGAAAUUGGGUUGAAAGCAAUGGCUGGUGGAGUGACACUGAAGAAACCGAGCUUCGAAGCAGCCUGAAAAAGCAGUUGUUGCAGGCAAUUCAAGCUGCAGAGAAAACAGAAAAACCACCAGUUUCAGACUUGUUCUCUGAUGUUUAUGAUGUUCCCCCAUCAAACCUUCGCGAGCAGGAGAAUCAGCUCAGAGAAACUAUCAAUAAAUACCCACAAGACUACCCCUCUGAUGUUCCCGUAUAGACAGAUGAAAUUUUCAGAAAUUUACAGAAAUACCAACACUGCGGUGAUAAAAGAAAGAAUAAAUUAUUUAUCACUUGGAGUGGCUUCCAAUGCUUGAGAUUCUUCAAAUAUUUGAUGAUCUCAAGUCAAUAAAUUAUAUAUUAUAUGGGAUUU